GCUCCAACCAAGCUUCUGUCUCCUCGGGUCGGAGCCGGCAUUUACUGAUCUUCCACCCACAGGCAGGUGCCCAGCUCGCCUAGUGUAGGUUGCUGGUUGUGGGCUGGCAGGGCGACUGCAUCCAAGCUGCUGGAGCCUGGACGGAAUUCAGAGCCACAAACGAGGUGGGAUGCGCAUGUGCACACAUGACGACACCUGCGGCAGCCUCGGAUAGGCACCUGGAAUGGAGUUGCAAUGUUUCAUCAAGGACGGGGAAUCCCGUGUGCUCCGAUCUCAACACCUCGGCCCUUUGACGAUGUCUUCAAGCCCAACUGUGCGAAAAGCUGUUUGACAGGUAGACUUCCAUGUCAGCCAGUUGGGUCGGAGUCUCGGGAAACCUUCACGCCGCACGCACUGCAUCCGGCCGCGCCUCAUGAGCUACGACUAACCACCUUAUUAGCCCAACAACAACGGUGGCUUCGACAGCUCGCCAGCCUGACCUAACUGUCUCCCGCAUCAGCUCCCUCGUAUCCCUUAUCAACUGCCCGCCUUGCCGUCAACCUUGCCUUUACGAUUACCCUCCCACGAUCAUAAACCUUCGCACCUGUUGCUGCCUCGCACAAGCCUCACCCAUAAAAUAGCUUCGAGAACACUGCCAUCUCAGCGCUCCUCUCUGCACUCCGCACCCGCCGACAAGUCCAACACAUUGUUGUAACUCGCCCGCCGUCGCGGGAUCUAGCAAUGACGGUUAAUACCAAAGCGGCGGCCUCGGCCGUUGCUCCAGCCCAUCCGUCUGGAAAGGAAAAGCACGGAAAAUUGGUCCAGUUCUUGAGAGGCUUCUCAUUCUUCGUCUAUUUUAUGGCUGGCUGUAUUGCUAUCCAUCUUACACAACUGAUCGGCUCGCCGCUGUACUACGUCGACCACGAUAUCUACUACUCCUAUAUGGCUUUGACGAAACAGUCUUUUGGGCUGCUGAUCACAACUUCCACAAACUGGUGGGGCCCCACCACGAUACGCAUAAGCGGGGAUGCCUCGGUGGCAGAUCAGAUCAAGAAAACGAAGGAUGGUAGGGUUGAGUUUUCGUUUCCAGAGCGCAUGGUGAUGAUUGCCAACCAUCAGAUCUACACUGACUGGCUAUAUCUGUGGUGGAUCGGGUACGCCAAUAGCCCUCAGAUGCAUGGCUAUGUCUACAUCAUCUUGAAGGAAUCACUCAAAUACAUUCCUAUCGCAGGACUUGGCAUGGUUUUCUAUGGCUUCAUCUUUAUGUCCCGGAAGAUGGCUGUUGACCAGCCACGCCUGGCCCACCGUCUCGGCAAGCUCAAAACAUACAACACGACCCCCGAUGGCACGAAAUACCUAAACCCAAUGUGGCUCCUGCUCUUCCCCGAAGGCACAAAUGCAUCGCAAAAUGGACGGAACAAGUCUGCGAAGUGGGCCGAGAAGAUUGGAGUCAAGGACCCGGAGCACAUGCUUCUCCCGAGAAGCACUGGUAGUUUCUUUUGCCUGAACGAACUCAAGGGCACUGUGGAGUAUGUAUACGAUUGCACUGUGGCAUACGAAGGUGUACCUCGUGGGAAGUUCGGCGAGCAGCUUUUCACUCUCUCAGGUACCUACUUCCGCGGUCAACCUCCAAAGUCAGUCAACCUCUACUGGCGUCGAUUCCGUAUUGCAGAUAUUCCCCUGGACAGCGCCGAAAAGUUCGAUGUGUGGCUCCGGGAGCGGUGGUAUGAGAAGGAUGCUCUGAUGGAGCAGUACAUCUCCACUGGUCGUUUCCCUGCGAGCCCGCCCACCGCUGCCAACAAGAACCAGGAAGGCUUUCUCGAGACCGAGGUUCGCACUCGUUACAAGUUUGAGUUCCUCCAGAUUUAUGCCGUGGUCGGCAUUGUCGCUCUACUGAUCAACCUCGUUUUGAGGCUCUACAACCGACUUCUUUCUAUUGUUUCAUAG